AUGAAGAGGAUAAAGUACUGAUGAAGUGAGCUGCCAGAGUAACAAUGGCUUCUCUUCAGCUCGGUCUUCCCUUCUUGUUGGCUAGCCGAUCCAGAUACUGGCCGGUUCUUUGCGCUAACGAGCGGCAGGUUCUUUUUAACCGCAUUGCUCCUGUGUAUGAUAACCUGAAUGAUUUACUUAGCUUGGGUCAACAUCGAAUAUGGAAACGAAUGGCUGUAUCCUGGAGUGGAGCAAAAUCUGGAGACAAUGUUUUGGAUAUAUGUUGUGGAAGUGGGGAUCUGACAUUUCUUUUGUCUGAGAAGAUUGGGCCUCAUGGCAAGGUUAUGGGUCUUGAUUUCUCAAAGGAACAAUUAUCAAUGGCUUCAUCUCAGCAGAUGUUGUUCAGAAAGGCCUGCUACAAGAAUAUAGAGUGGGUUGAAGGUAAUGCUCUUGAUUUGCCUUUUCCUAAUUGUUUCUUUGAUGCUAUUACCAUGGGUUAUGGACUACGAAAUGUAGUAGAUAAAUGUAAAGCCUUGCAAGAGAUAUUUCGAGUUCUAAAACCAGGCACCACAGUCUCUAUCCUUGACUUCAACAGAAGCACUCGACCAUUUACUGCCAUGAUUCAGGAAUGGAUGAUUGAUAAUGUUGUUGUCCCAGUGGCAAGUGGUUAUGGCCUUGCUAAGGAAUAUGAGUAUUUGAAAAGUUCGAUCAAGGAAUUUUUAACAGGCAAGGAGUUGGAGGAGCUUGCUCUGGAAGUAGGAUUUUCUAGAGCCAAACAUUAUGAGAUCAGUGGAGGCCUCAUGGGGAACUUAGUGGCCACUCGGUAGCUUCAUUUUAUUCCGGCUGGUUUCCACAGUUGACUUCUGAUCAAGAAUCACCAUUUCUUUCUAUAGCUAUAUGCCAAAUGUGGGUUUUGAGCUUGUAUCAACCAUAUUAUAGGUUUUUCCCAAGUUGGGAACAGUUUUAGCAACAACAUAAAUUCAAGUGUUUCUUCGUGUCUUGGAUGAAACUAAGUGGAUCACUAUAAUAUCAUGUACUUAACUAUUUUGUCCCA